CAUCUUUCCCAGACAGGUUGGCAGCAGACCGAUUUGUCGGACGCGGGCUGUUGGCCUGCAUCCAAUUUCCUGGGCGAUUUAUACAUGACCAUGACGGAUGCUUCCCUAGGUCAGCUUCCUAUGUGGACACCCAGCCAGGUAGAUUCUCUUUCCCUCUUCAUUUCCCCCUUUUUUUUUCUUUCUAUCAUUGUCUCGUGUCUAAUUCCGCAUUCUCUGCUUGAUAGGGGGAGUGUCUCUUCCCUACCGCCAUGCCCGGGAAUGACCUCUUUCCCGAUGGUGCAUCAGAGCCGCAACAUCGUCCCGGUGCCAGCAAUCCCACCCCGCCGCCAUCGCGUGAGGCUGAGAAUCCGGGGAGAGAUACGGAGUCCAAUCACGGCACGGAGCGCGUGGUUUCUCUGCUUCUUCAGCGUGGAGUCAAUGUAAAUGUCCAGGACUCGCGCGGCCACACCCCGCUACAC